AUGGGAUGCGCAAUUACAAACGAGAAAGUUGCUCUCUAGAAAACCAUGAUGAUGGAGUCCACAUUCAACAAGGAACAACGAGAGAAAGAGUAGCGGAUCAAAGCACAUCUUAUUUUAGACGAAUACCGUCAAACCAAAACAAUUAGAAAGUAAAUCAAACUGCAAUCCGACGUCAAGGAUGCUUUGCUAGAGUAACUCACAAGGAAUAAAACUGUAACUCCUCAAAAGUCCUCGAUUGCCAAUUGA